AAUUUAAUUCGUGGAUAAUUAAUUCAUCAAGGUGAUCAAUAAAAUUUUAAGAUAGACUAAACAAAAUCUUGAAAAACCGCCAAAUAUUACAUAACUAACCCAUACUACAUUCCUCUAUCUCUAUUCAACAACCAAAUUUACUUCUGUUUUAACAGAUUCUAAUCUACUUUGUUUUCAGUUAAUCAAUAUAUAUAUAUAUAUAUAUAAACAUUGGAUUUCACUUCUAAUCUCUCUGCUCCUUAAUCUCUGUUUAAAGCCGAUCAGGAUGGCUGAAAUUAGCAGCGUCGCGGAAAUCUCAGAUGCCAAGAAGAUGGAAAUGAAACUCGAACAAGCUCAAAAGCUGAUCGGCGGGACUAUCAUCGAAGUCAGCACACCUGAACAAGCCAAUCUCGCCGAAGCCGCCGGUGCUUGCGCCGUCAUGGUAUCGGAGCCGCCGGCUCAAGAUAGACCCGGCAUUUUACGCAUGCCAAAUCCUUUCCUCAUCAAAGAUAUCAAGAAGGCCGUAACGAUUCCAGUCAUGGCAAGGUGCAGAAUCGGACACGUGGCGGAAGCCCAGAUACUCGAAGCCAUCGGAGUCGAUUUCAUCGACGAGAGCGAAUCUCUGACAGUGGUGGACAAAGAAAACCCCAUCGACAAGCAAAAUUUUCAAACCCCUUUUAUCUGCGGGAGUCGAAGUCUUGGAGAGGCAUUGAUGAAUAUAAGGAAAGGCGCUUCAAUGAUCAGGAUUCAGGGUGAUUUACUGAGCUCCGGUGACAUUUCCGAUACGGUGAAGAAUGUGAGAUCGUUAACGAAGGCCAUCGGGAAUCUGAAAAGAACUUUGGAUGACAACGAAGUGAUCGGUUUUUCGAAGAAAUUGGUGGGUUCUUUCGAAAUCUUCGAAGAGGCUCUGCUAACGAAGAAAAUGGGUAGGCUUCACGUCGUGCAAUUCGCCGCCGGUGGGAUUGUGACCCCGGCCGAUGCAUCGCUGCUGAUGCAAAUGGGCUGCGACGGAGUCUUUGUGGGCUCGGAGAUUUUUCAGUCUUCGGAUAGGAGGAAGUGGGAAAAACGUCUCUGCGGCAUCGUUCAGGCUGUUAAGCAAUACAAAGAUCCAUUUGUGCUGGUCGAAUCGAGCUCUAGAUUUUAACGUUUAAUGUUUUCGAUUCGGUAUUUUUCUUAUUUCUUUGAACGCAAAAGCUUAAAAGGCUAGAACAACAUUUGUUAAAGCCCAAUAUUAAAAGGGUUCGAUCCACGUACAGUUUUUGGGUUGGGUCCAGUCAAUGUUUGUCGUUUUGUUAGUGUUUGUUGACUUACUGACGACCAAGACAUACUUUGAAUAAAGGCAUUCACCUUUCUAAGUAGAACCUUAAAAAUGAAAAGAAACUUUGAACCAGUGUUUUCUUUUUAUGUUGUUGUUAAAAAGAAAAACAAAAACAAAACAAAAAAGGAAAGAUUAUGAUAGAAGAUACGGUU